AUGGCUUACUGUGGACCAUCCUUUGCAGUUCCCUCUUGUGCCUCUGCUCCAGCCGUUGGCUUUGGAUCUGCAGGUCUCGGCUAUGGUGGCCUCCACGCUGGCGCAUUAGUCGGAGCUGGGUCUCCAUCCUUUGCAGUCCCCUCCAUAGCCUCUGCUCCAGCCGUCGGCUUUGGAUCAGCAAGUUUUGGCCAUAACAUUGGGGUACCCUCCGCUAGCCUGGGUGUUCUCUCCGGCGUCAAUCCUUCCUGCAUCAACCAGAUCCCACCCGCAGAAGUUGUGAUCCAGCCACCUCCCGUGGUCAUGACCCUCCCAGGACCCAUCCUCUCUGCUACCGGGGAACCCGUUUCUGUAGGAGGCAACACUCCAUGUGCUAUUAGUUAUGGUGGAUCUGGCAGAGCACUGUCUGGAGGCAGUCUCGCUUAUGGUGGCUUUGGCAGAGGGCUUGUCGGAGGUAGUUUUGGAGGCCGUUUGGGGAGUUCCUGGGGUCGCCGAGGCAGCCUCAUCCUGGGGCGCAGAGGCAGCAGCUGCCUUGCCCCUCAGUAA